AUGAAAAAAGUAACUAUAGAAAAGAAUUCAUCGGAAAUUGGAGAUGGAGUUUUAUAAAUAUAAAAGAAGUUGAAGAAAGAAAGAAGACAAAUGGUGUUGUUAACAAUACUUUUAGGGAGGAGUAAAACCAAAAUUCUUUUAUAAAAACUUGGAGAUUUUAUUUUGAAAUUAUAAGAAAUUUUAAGUUAUGAGAAAAAAUAAAGAUAAUAGGCUCAAGGCUCGAUGUUUAGUUGGAUGAGAUGA